AAGUUAUUUUUCUUUGCUUUCAGAAGGAAUGAAGUAAUGUACAAUCCAUCCACCAAGCCGCCGUUGUGCUACACAGCGUUUGCAAUAAAUGGUGGCCUUUUUGCAAUUCUCCUUUUCGUUACGGCCAUAGUAUUCACCGACGGUUACUACCAUUCUUGCGCUCAGUAUAAACAAACCGUCAUCAAAAAUAUCAUGGCGACGGGGAACCUGGCACGGAUGAUCGGGGAGCGGCUGUCGUGCAGCGCGACGUUCGACUUCCUGGACUACAUGCAGCCGGAGACCUCGGCGACGUGGGCGCGCGGCCGGGCCUGGAGCAACACGGAGCACUACUACGGGGCCCCGGGCGUCAUCAACACCACCGUCCUCCUCAACCUCACGCUCGUCUUCGCCUGGGCCCACUUCCUCGUCUGGCUCGCAGUCGCAGUCAUCAACGUCAUGGCCGCCAUGCCCAGGGCCCGCACCCGCAGGGCCCCCAAUGCCCACCCCUUCGCCCUUGCCAACACCAAGCUCCAGCCUCUCAAUACGGAUCUCUGAGCAUACAACACUUUGCGAUAUCUCCAUUUAUUAUCCUGCCAUUUGAACCAAUGGAAAAUGAUCGAUAUAAGGGUGUUCGCAACCACCACAUUGAUAGUCGAUUCUUUACUACAGCUUCAAAUGAGGAAACAUCGAUUAUCGAUCCUUCACAUCUCGCAACUGAGUGAUUUCGAUACCUAAGUUGUGAUUUGAUUGAAGAAUGUAUCGCGAUUUUAUUGACGUAGAUUUAUUGCGAUAUCAUCGAAUAAAAAUGCGAUUUUAUAGCGUAAAUUUGCAAUAAAGUUACGAUUUUAUCCACGGCGAUUCACCGCGAUAUUAUCGAACAAAAAAUCGUGAUGAAUUGAGAUGAAUUUCGAUUUUAAUGAUAUAAAAUUGCGACAAGAUCGAGGAUAAUCGCUCAGAUGCUGAUGAUCCUGACGAUUUUAUCGCCGCAAACCGUGAAAAAUCGCAACUUCAUUUCAAACUAUGGAGAAUUUUCCGUUAAAGAAGGCUACUUGGGUCCUACGCCAAGGGAGAACGCCAAAUUAACAUUGGAAUGUUGCCUUAUUUCCCCUGAAAAACGAAAUUUUCUCGGAAGAAAAUUAUCGAUGGCCAAAGGACGAAACCACGUAUGUCCAUCGCGGCACCUAUUUCAUUUUUCCGGAGAGAAACAAGCCAAAUUUAUGGCUUGAAAUUUAUGCAGAAUAUUCUGCUAUUAACGUAGAGGAAAAAUCAAGGAAGUUUUCAAGUGAUAUUAUCUGAUUAUGUCUUUAUCUGACUGUUUAUUGAUGAGGGAUGUAAUUGGUGAUCUUACUUAACCAAAACAUUUUUUAGUUUUUUAGUUUUUGACUGGUUUUCUGAAGAAAAAAUGAAGUGUGACGGAAAGUCUACGAUGUCGCGAACGGAAAUGCGUGGUUUCGCACUUCGUGCUUUGCGAUUUAUCGAAUAAUGAUCUGCCAUUUAGACCUAUGGAAAAGGAUCGAUAAACAGGGUGUUCGCAACGAACACUUUAAUAAUCGAUUCUUCACCACAGCUUCAAAUGGAGAAAUAUUGAUCAUUCACGCCACGUCAUUGCAAAAGAUUGUGGAAGGCAGGAUUUCUCUUGAACGAACCAAAGGUAGAGAAGAGGGGGGUGGAGAGAGGAUAGAGAAAAACAAUCGAACAAAACAGAGAGGAAAAGAGAGAUCCAAAUGUGUGUCCAGAAUUUGAUAAAAUUAUAUGAUAUACUGUAUUGAAAUUGAUAAUUGUAGAUACCAAUUCUAAAUGUUACCUAAUGCGUUUAUUGUUUAAAAAUACCCAUCCGUCCUAUUGAGAAAAUAAAAUUCACCAAUUUUACAUAAUUUAAGAUUAUUCAAUCAAUGUUCCUUCAAAAUGAUUAUUUUAAAGUCACUGCCUGCACGAGACGAAGGACGUGAUCUACAAACAAUUCAGACAUUGCAUUUCGAAUUUCAUGCCCAAUUUAAUAUUUUAUGCUUAUUCAUUCAUUUUGUUUAAAUAAAUAAAUAAAAAAAAAAAAAAACUGGGAUCAUUUAUUAAACUCAAUAUUCUUGUUAAAAUUUUUUAUUUUGAUGGCUGAAGUGCGAAACGACAUACCUCUGAUUGCAACGUCACAGAUUUCCUAUCAAACAUUAUUUUUUCUUUGGAAAAUCAGCCACUGUAAUUUCUUGAAAACUGUCUUGAGUUUUUUCUCUGUUAGCAGAACAUUCUGUGUUAAUUUUUACCUAUAAAGUUGGCUUGUUUCUCCUCGAAAGAAUAAAGUAGAGGGGGAAUUUUGAAGUAUCGCAAUAGAGAUACGUGGUUUGGCACUUUAUUCAUCGAUUUACGUUCUAAACCUGGUAAUAUUCAAGUUUGUUCAUGUUUUCCACAUAAUCACAAAUCACGAGAAUGUCAUCAACUCUUUCAAUCGAUCAUUUCAUCUUCAAUCCUGGAAAUAAUUAAUUUGUUCGUAAUUUAUUAGAGACUUAAGUGCAAGAUUUUGUAAUCUAAAAAUAUUCUCUGGGUGUGCAGAUAUUUGAAACACCAAGUGCACAGAGGUAAUUAAUUCCAAGGAGAACAUCCAGGUUUAAGUAAAUAUUUAAGUAAGAAAGUGUAAAACCAAAA